UGUCAAAUCACAACGGAGGCGCCGCCGUCGCAGGCAGAGGACGUCUCCCUUUCAAAAAGCUCAAAGUUUCCACCGACGUGGAAACGCUCCAACGACCCAAACACGACGAGUUUUGGAUUUGGGUUGUUAGUUCUAGUCAGGUCGGGGUAGCGAGAAAAAAGUCCGGAAAAAAAACAAAACAACUCGCCGUCGUUCGUAACAAACAAGCAGAGCUUCAACAGCCGACAUCUUACUGUCGAGUUUCCACUGUCUACUCGCUGUUAUUAUCAGUUUCAUUUUUAUUUUUAUUUUCCGAACCGGUCUGGACGUGUUGGGGUGUUGUUUAAAGCCACUUUGUUCUUGUUUGGACUUUGUGGCGUCGCCUCACCAUGUUGCAGAGCACGCCGCAGUACGCGAUGAAGAAACGGAAGAAGCCGGUGCAGAAAGCGCCCAAGCCUCCCCCGCCCGAUGGCACAAAGUCCAACCCGUCCAAACGCCACAGGGACCGUCUCAAUGGCGAACUGGACAAGCUCACUAACCUGCUGCCCUUCCCCGAGGAGGUCCGGGCUCGGCUGGACAAGCUGUCAGUACUGCGGCUCAGCGUUGGCUACCUGAAAGUCAAGAGCUUCUUUAACGCAGUCAUGAAAGCCGGCCCGAAUGGAUCCAGCUGGACCAGUGAGCGGGACAUGUUUGGAGGGAACGUCCAGAGGGCUCAGACUUCUUCACUCUUGAGCUCCUUCUCCACGGUGUCGACCUCCAUCGAUGGAGUCAGGUUCUCUGAGGGAGAGCUGCUGCUUCAGGCGCUGAACGGCUUCGUGUUGGUGGUGACGGCUGAAGGUUACGUCUUCUACACGUCCCCCACCAUCCAGGACUUCCUUGGCUUCCACCAGUCGGACGUCGUUCAUCAGAGCGUGUUCGAGCUGAUCCACACAGAUGACCGUGCUCUCUUCAGACGCCAGCUUCACUUCUCCUUGAACCCCAAUGCCGACGGAUCCGAGAAUCCCAGUGAGCAGAACAGCUCUGAGAUCAGAUCCAAUGUGGUCGCCUAUGACCUCCACGCCAUCCCUCCUGAAAACUCGUCCUUCCUGGAGAGAAACUUCUGCUGUCGUUUCCGCUGCCUCCUCGAUAACUCCUCUGGCUUCCUGGCCCUGAACUUCUCUGGCCGCCUGAAGUUCCUCAACGGUCAGCACCGGGUGUCGGAGAACGGGGCGUUGGUUCCUCCGCACCUCGCUCUGUUUGCCAUCGCCACUCCACUGCAGCAGCCAUCCAUCCUGGAGAUCCGCACUAAGACGCUGAUCUUCCAGACCAAACACAAGCUGGACUUCACCCCCAUCGGCAUCGACGCCAGAGCGAAGAUCGUUCUGGGUUACAAUGAGGUGGAGAUCAGCAUGAAAGGUUCUGGCUACAGCUUCAUCCACGCUGCUGACAUGAUGUACUGCGCCGACAAGCACGUACGAAUGAUAAGAACUGGAGAAACUGGUUUUACCUUCUUCCGACUGCUGACCAAAGACCGGUGCUGGGUGUGGGUCCAGUCCAACUGCCGGCUGGUGUAUAAAGAUGGGAGACCAGAAUUUAUCGUGGCCCGGCAAAGAGCUUUGACGAAUGAAGAAGGAGAGGAGCAGCUUCGCCUCCGACAGCUUCAGCUGCCGUUCAACUUCGCCACCGGAGAGGCGCAGCUCUACGAUCUGCCGCUGAGCUUCGAUGUUCCUGAUUCGUGCUCCGCUCCCAAGAACAGGAAACCUGAUGGGGAAUCCUGUAACUCCAACUCCUUGCUGGGUUGCCUGCUGAGCCAGGACAGGUCUGUUUACUGCAAACAUGAAGAUCCCAACAACAUCAGCUCCCUCAGCGACUUGGCCUUCCAGGACACCCAUGCCGCCCUAAGCAUUCCCAGAGAACCUACACCCAAACCCACUGUCAGCAGUUCGCUGUUGAAGAUGGACCCCACCAUUCAGGACAUGGUUGAGACCCUGGAGAAGAUCUUUGGGGAUACUGAUCUCAUUGAAGGAGUGGACGUGGGGCCUGAGGAGCUGCAGAGCUGGGAGACCUCCCUGAUGAACUUCAACGCUGGCAACGAAGAAGUGUCCAGAGAAGACCUCAGCGACAUCCUCAGCGGCGACAUCCUGACCUACGUCGCAGAGCAGCUCCAGCAAGAGGGUGGGCUGAUGUUUCCGGAUCAGCUGGACAAACUGUCCUCCGGCAUCUCGCCUGUCAAUCUCCAGAACCAGAAUCCUGACCUAGCUAGGCCGCAGAACUUCAGCUGGCCCCUUCUGUCCCAGAACCAGCUGACACCAAAUGGAGGGCAGAUGGUGGUGGGACAGCCGCCUCCUCUCUCUGGAACGUUGAAGCUGAGCCACCUGGACUGUCGUCAGAUGAGUUCUGGAUUAAACGGCCUGCAGACCCAGAUGCCGUGUCCGUCUUCCCCUCAGCUGGGCAGCUUUACAAACAUGAUGUUUAACCCUUCAUGUCGUCAAACCCAGGGUCAGCUUUUUAAAGCUAGUCCAACAAACGUAACAAGCCAGCUUAACGCUAACCAAACUGAUCCAACAACACAGAGGCUCCCUCAGAUAGGAGGGCCUGUCCUGGACCAGAACACAGGAGUGUUUAUCUUUACAGGCAACGAGCGGAAUGACUCAAACUCAGCUCAGAACUUUGUAGAUCCAUAUGCCCCAAAUAUUUCAAAUAUACCAAGUCUUCCUGCAGACUCCUUCUCCAACUGCUACACCCUGCAGAUGCAAAACAGUCAGCAGCAGAUGUCCGUCAACCAGAUAUCAGGGUUUCAUACAAACCUCACCAUCCAGGACACAUUCAGCAGUCCAGAGAUUGUUCUGUUUCCUGAUCAGCUGGACUGCAUGUACAGAAACUCUGCUGCUGCACAGCCUUCUAACGGAGUCCAUGACAGUCAGGCGAGAACAAACCCCGACUCCUUCCAGAACACGUCCUGCUACUACCAGGCUCUUCCUGGAGGCGAAACUGUGGCGGCGCUCCCAACUCCUAAGGAGGCGCCGCUGUCCUACCAAAUGGCUGCUGCUCUCAAGUCGAAUGGCCUGACGAUGCAGCAACACUUUCCAUACUUCAGUACAAACACACAGAUGGACAACCAUCUCAUCGUCAGAAAAGGAGGAUUUCCGUUGACCACGCUGCCCAACGGCAACACGUGCCUCACAGAGAACAAAUAGGAAUGAGACGUCUGGAGAGCAAAUCAGACUGAAACUCGGACUCGCAUGUGGCCGCAGAGGAAAACCCUAAAGACUUGCGUGGACUAAAGUGGAUAAGACUGAAGAACAGGCGAAGGACACGUUUAGGUUUGGUGGUGUUUGCUCAAGGUGAAGAAGUCCAGACGGGAAUGAUUUAUCAGAGCUGGAAAAAAAAUUCUAGUGAUUUGCUUGUGGAAAAUAAUAUGAAUGAUAUAUGUUGAAUGAUUUUCCACCAUUGUCCAUCAGGUGGGAGCUUUUAUGAUAUCACUUAUUAAGCAGUUUGGAUCGUCGUCUAUUUUAUUGUAAUAUUCAGUUAUAAAGGAUUUUAAAGUCUUCAGAUUGUCCCAUAAAUCUUCACAUUUAACAGUUUAACAGGUUUUUUUUCUUAAAUAACGACCAGAUUCAAUCACAUUCUGCAUAAAAUGUUUCCUGUAAUGGAAAUAAAUCUAAGCGGCGUUUAGCUAAUCUGUCAGUGGAGGCGCGUGCAUCUAGAGACGAGAGUUCAUAAAGCAUUAAAAACAUUUAUUCAAAACACUUUUAACGCUGAUGAUGCACGCGGUCGGUUAGCGGUUGAUGGAAGCGAAUGCAGACCUUUAAAGAGUCAUAAAUCACUUCAAAUGCAGCAAAAACGUGACAGAAUGCCAGCUGUUUUGGUUUGGGUUAACCACAAGGGGGCAGCAGUCACCUUAAUUGGAACCAGGAGAAACCUGCCCCCAGGUUAAUUUGAGUAAGUACUGCCCCCUGGUCAGGAGUAUUUUCUGAUAGAGUUCGGAGGCUAGUGGUCAUAAAUGGUAUUGCACUUUACAGCGCUACACCCAAUCCUAUCAACGAUUAUAGUGAAAAUCUAGAAAAAUACAAGAACACUGAACCAGCUGCGUUUUUGUUCCGCUGUCGUCUUCAGCGGAUUAAUGUCCCGCUCUGUUUGCUUUCUGAUCCAAAUGCUGAGAAGGAUCGGAUAGGUCACUGUUUUAUUGCUGUUUUUAUCCGCCUCCAUCAAGUUCAUUUCAACUGUCCCCCCGGGGGUGGGGGGGGGGGGGGGGGGGUGUUGGCUUUGCAGACAGACAGGGUGUAAUAUAAACAAAAACAGAGGGACGUCGUCAUCCUACUAACAGCCUGAGAGUCGAGUCGAUUCAGUGAAAACAGCUGCUUGUUUGUAUAUUUUAAAGCUUUGUCUCUGAGCCAGAUGUUUCUCUUCUCUCCUUUAAUUUUAUUAUUUUCUUCUGUGUUUUUGCUCUUUUCCUGUCAGAGGGGAGGUAAUAUCCAAACGGUGCCUUAAACUGACGGAGCUUUAAAAAGAAAGGGAAAAAUACUUUUAUAUUGACCAAAUUACUUUCAUUUUACGAAGCCAAACUAUUAGAUUAAAAGUAUCUGAUUUGCCAAAGCACAGAAACACUUUUAUUGCGAGAUUCCUGGAGCCACUUUAUAAAACUACAUGGGCACAAUUUAAGACUUUAGCAGUUAAUUUUUAAAGCAUAAUUCUUGGUGCACUCUAUUUGCACUAUAUUUAAAGACAUUUAGUGGUUUAUUUUAUCAAGGCUCACAUCCUCCAUAUGUCUGCAUCCUUAAACCCGUCCAGCAGCAAAACACAGAAGUUAAAAAGUGUAAGGCAGCUAAUGUAUAUAUUAAAUAAGGUAAAUAAAUGCAAAAGUAAUUCAUAUAUACCUUUUAAUUCACCUGGUUUUAACAAUUCAGCCCAAACUGAGCCAACUUUACUAACUUCUUCCAGAAAGUAAUCAUUUUUUGUUAGAUUUUAGAGGAAACAAACUUGAACUGUUCAUUUGAGAACCCAACCUUUGCAACCAAAGCCAUCUGAGGAUACCAAAGGGAAUAUAAUUAGCAGUUUCUGACUCGUAAAGAACGUUCAGAUCAACAUCUAAAAUAGGCGGAUUUGUCCUUUUAAACGUAGCGAAACUAAAACUCUUUCAUUAAACCCAUUUCUUUACAUUUUUUUGCCAUAAAGUCAUUAAUGUCGAGUUUUUCUGCAUUUUUUGAGGAGCAAAUCUGCUGCAGGUUUUAGAUGUUGGUUUAAAUGUUUGGUACAAGUCAGACAUGUCUCUCCUGUUUGGAGUGAACUCUGGGAAAUGUAGUGAUCCAGCAUUUAGCUCCAACUUUGGAUCAGUUUUUACUCAUUUCUGGCUCACAUUGCAGCCUCAGUUAGUAAUCCCCAUCACGGUUAAAUCCAAACACUCCCAGAAUGGCGGGUGUUUUCACAGCUGAGCCAAAGCCUCUGUAAAUGAAUGAGAAAUGAAACAAAAUCCCCAAAUAUCUCCUCGUGUAGCUCACUGUGAACGUCUCAGUGACGUUUGGGGCUCAGAUUCAGUUAGAAAACAAUGAAAGCCAACAUGAAGCACUUUGCGUGAUCUUCCCAGUCAGUGCCUUUGUUUCGCAAAGUAUUCUAUGUAUAGAGAUAUAAAUAUAUAUAGUUACUCCUACACUAUAAAAAGCCUCUAAUAUUUUACCUAUAUUUUCAAACCUAUGGAAGCCAUGCCUCCACAAUGCAGUAUGUCUUUGUUUGGCUGUGUUUGUACAUACAUUCAUCUUUGUCAUCUGCUUCAUAUAUCCUGUAUUGUAAUAAUGCAUUGCCUUUAUUUGACCCAUGCCUGUAAUUUUGUAUUUUUUUCUGCACAGCUCAUACAUAACCUCCUGCUCUGAUGUGUUUUUUGUGGCUUCUUUACUUCAUCGUGUGGGUUUGCUCUCAAUAUUUUACCUGUCAAUCUGUAUCUGAGUGUAAAUCGCCAUCAUAUUAAAGUUGAACAAAUCACUGCAA